CAAUUUUCUUUGCGAUUUUCUUGCUAUACAAUCUUCGUUUCUGCGUUGAUGGACGCGAUGGAGUUGAGGAAGAUUUUCCAGGUGUUCGACAGGAACGGGGACGGGAAGAUCACGAAGAAAGAAUUGAACGAUUCGUUGGAGAAUAUGGGCAUCUUUAUCCCCGACAGUGAAUUGACACUUAUGAUUGAGCGGAUCGAUGUCAACGGCGAUAUGUGUAUCGACAUGGAUGAGUUCAGCGAGUUGUAUCGAUCGAUUAUGGAUAACAAGGAAGAAGAAGAAGAAGAUAUGAAGGAAGCUUUCAAGGUUUUUGAUAAAAACGGAGACGGUUACAUUUCCGUUGAUGAAUUGAGGUGGGCUUUGGAAUCACUGGGACUUAAACAAGGGAAAGCGAUGGAAGAUUGCAAGAGGAUGAUAAGGAAAGUAGAUGUAGACGGUGAUGGUAGGGUUAAUUUCAUGGAGUUCAAGCAAAUGAUGAAAGGAGGCGGCUUUAGUUCACUGGCUUAACUUUUAUUUAGGUUUUUUUUGGGGGGAUAUAUAGAUAGGGUUCCCCCCUAAUUCCAUUUAGUUUGAUUUUGUAAAAUUGGUUCGGGGAUUUGGUUGUUUUAUUGUUUGUGUUUCUGAUUUUUCCACGUUAAUUGUCUUUGUUUUUUGUUAUUUUUUUUGUUAUUGUGUAUAUGAUUUGCUUAGACGAUAUUCGAGGAAGGAAAUGUUAUUCUCUUGUUUUAAUCGGAUUUGUGUUAUUUUUA